CUCGACACCGCUUAUCUACAAUUCUUCAUCUUUGUUAUACCGCGAGAAUAGAUCAUCAAUCAAUCGCUACUCUAAGGUGACGCGCCAGCAAUCUGUCGCAGCGGCCUUGAUUCGGCUUUGCCACCUUUAAAGUUCACUUCGCCGUAAUUCUCGCGUUUGCAUGAACUUCUGCCGUCUUGAUAUCUGCCCUUCACCCUGAUUGAUUAGCCAAAGUGGUGUUUCUUCGAUAUGGCAGGUAUGGAACAUCUCGUGUCACUCAAAGUGAUGAGAGUAUCGCGACCAUCGCUUGCAAGUGCGUGGGAGCCUUUCUACUCGAGCUCUCCAUCCUUCUCUGCCCAUUCGACGAAUUCAAUCGUAUCCCUUCAGGGAAAGACCGCUCUCCCGGGACACCCAAAGACUCUCCGGGAUCUCAGUCAUGUCACAGAAAUGCUCAUGCUUCCGUCGUCUUUCGGCUCAAUCCAGCUCGGUGAAACGUUCACAAGUUGCCUUUCAGUGAAUAAUGAAGCAAGCGUGGACAUCGAAUUCGUCACGCUCACCGUCGAAAUGCAGACAGCGUUGACAAAGACCCCUUUGGCUGAAAUUGGUGGCGAGGGUCAACCACUCAGAGUGGGCGAGUCGCUGGAGCGUGUUGUUAGUCAUGAGGUCAAGGAAUUAGGCCAACAUGCGCUGGCCUGCACGGUAUCAUAUCGCCUUCCACCUGGCUCGCGCAUAGCGCCGGGUACGGCCACCGAUGUGAACGAUCCCGAGCUGCAAGUCUUUCGUAAGUUUUACAAGUUUGCUGUGACCAAUCCUCUGUCGGUCAAGACCAAGGUCCACGUCCCCCGCGCCCCCACUGCUCUGAUGUUUCGAAGCGAACGCGAAAAAGUCUUCUUGGAAAUACACAUCCAGAAUCUGACGCAAGACGCGAUGUGGCUCGAGCGAAUGUACCUUGAGUGCGCUGACGGCUGGCAGGCACACAAUGCUAAUGCAGUAAGAUCGAAAGACUCGGAAGGCAACGAGAGCAUCUUCUCUGGCUCCAUGGCACUCAUGCAACCUCAAGACAUGCGCCAAUAUGUUUACAUUCUGGCACCCACCGUUUUGGCUCUCUUUCCUGUUACGCAUCCACCCGGCAGUGUUGUGCCCUUGGGGAGACUAGACAUCUCAUGGAGGUCAUCGUUUGGGGAGCCAGGGCGCCUAUUGACAUCCAUGCUAUCGAGGAGGAUACCACUCGUACAGCCGCCGCUUCCGAAUCAAGGCCCUUCUCAGGCACCCCCGGUACCUAGCAAGCAACCUGCUUCCGCCAUCCCACUUCAUUUACAAAGGAGUGCUUCACUGGCAAACGCGUCCCCGCCGCGGCCGCACUCUCCUCAGCAUAUACAGCGACCAUCGACACCUCCGGCGGGUGGAAGCGGGACCGCUCCCUACCGUCCAGGCUCACCGUUCCGCAAUCGCGCAAUAGGCCCUGCUGCGGCGCCUUCCAACACUGUUCUGCCGUCAAGCUCUUCUACUCGUCGCCGGGUGGACGUCGAAGUGGACUUGGUCGUACGACAUAUUCCACGAGAGUCGAUCAAAAUAGAGAAACCAUUUGCAAUCGCAUUCACCGUAAAUGUCUCUGCCCCAGUGCCCACCCCUCGUCCGGGUGACACGUGUCGUGCGCGGGUGCUGUCGCUCGUUGUACAGCAUGUACAGCCUCCGCGGGGGAUUACAGCCUCAGCCCUUCCGACCAGCGACACGGCAACGGCUAGAAGUGAGCUCUUUAGCCCGCCGGUGCUUUCGUCGGGCUUUUCUACGCCGUCGCCCAGGAGUACUCCGCAUCGCGCCGACUUCCAGGAUUCCCUGGCGCAGAGACUACGCGUUGCAUCGCCCCGACGUGGACAGCUGGAUGAGGAAGACUCCCGCGCGAACACAGACGGAGACGCUACUCCUCCAGCGGCAAGCGACGUUCGCACCGGCGAUGAGACCGUUAUUCUACCUCCUCCAUACACGCAAGAUGACUUCACGGAUGCGAAGACGCCCGUGCGACCGUCAAAUGUCGUCUUUUCCGGGGUAUCUGCAGUCUUUUUGCCACAAAUAAGGUUGACCGCGCCGGAGGGCUCCGUUGCUGUAAUUGAGCCGGCGAUGCCUAUUCACGAGAGGAACAUUAGCACUAGUACCGCAGGCAGCGCGGCGGACAGCGAGCUCGAGAAUAUGGCCGGGAGAGCGACAGUCAAGGUCAUGACGUCGCAAGACUUCGAGCUGUCUUACAUUUCGCUGCGGGGCGGGUUCAGCACUAUUGGUGGGCUGCGCGUUGUGUUGGUCGAGGAUAGACUGGUCGAGGAGGGUGAGUCGAGUGAUGGGGCAGGGACGACACAUUAUAUGACGGAACCGCGGGUCUUAAAAGAAUGGGGCGUUGUCGGCGAACUAUGGGUAGAAUCAUAAGCAGCAGUGCCGUUUCCGGCAGUGUCCCCCGCCUUCGAUGACCUCACAAAUCGAAAUCAUCUAUAGGGAAGGAGGAGGCUGUAAGGUCGUGAGCGGAAGUAGAUUCCCCGUUGCUCUCUAUAAUAAGAGCCUGGAGCGAUGUACUCUCGCUGAUGCCAGAGUCCAUGGUCAUCGACAAGUGCUGGCGUUGAUUAUUGAGACGAUUAUUCCAUGUACGAUUGCUUUUUUGAAACAUAGAAAGAAAGUAAAGGAC